AUGUUCUAAGCAGAAAAAGGAGCUAAUGCAAUUCCAGGAUAUACAGGAUUUGCCCCAACAUAGAAUUUUGAUGCAGAUUUAUUGUAAAUUUAAGGCAAUAGGAAUCAUAUUCCAAACUAUGCUGGUUUUGUGCCAGGGAUAAAGGCUGAAAAUCUGUUUGGAAAAACCUUCGGGAAAAUCACUCUUUUAUCUGGUACGAGAUAAAAUCAUUAGGGAUCGAAUUUGCCAGCAGAUCUCAGAUACAGAAGUGAAGUCAAGGAUGCUUAUUGCGAUCAAAAUCAUUAAAGAAAUAAAGAUAAAUUGCUAUAUGGAAAACUUGAUUCUGAAACUUCCAAAGCUCUGGCUUAUAGCUUAUCAAACUUAACAAGCACUCAGGUACCCAAAACAACGAAAUCCAGAGUGGAUGUGAAGGAGAGAGUGAGCAAUGUGAGUUAUCAGGAAGCACUAAAAUAAGCCGGAAAAUGA